UAGAGGCUAUACCUUGUUGCUCCACAUCAGAGAAAGUAAAGCAAACCUUUCCGCUAUAAUGUCUACCGAUUCCACUCCUGUUGAAGUAUCUGCCGUUUUCGACACCAUCUUGGUGCUUGAUUUUGGUUCGCAAUACUCUCAUCUCAUCACUCGUCGUUUGAGAGAAUUCAAUGUUUACGCUGAAAUGUUGCCAUGUACUCAAAAGAUCGCCGACCUUUCCUGGAAGCCUACUGGUAUCAUUCUUUCCGGUGGUCCAUACUCCGUCUACGAAGAAGGUUCUCCUCACGUUGACCACGACAUUUUCAAAUUGGAUGUUCCAAUCUUGGGGAUUUGUUACGGUAUGCAAGAAUUGGCUUGGAUCAAUGGUAAGGGUGUUGGCCGUGGUGACAAGAGAGAAUACGGUCCAGCUACUUUGAAUGUCGAAGACCCAUCUUGUCCUCUUUUCAAGGAUGUCGACCACUCCACUGUCUGGAUGUCUCACGGUGACAAGUUACACGCUUUACCAACUGGUUUCAAGACUGUUGCCACUUCUGGUAACUCUCCAUAUGCUGCCAUUUCUCACGAAUCUAAGCAAAUCUAUGGUAUUCAAUUCCACCCAGAAGUUACUCACACUGAAAAGGGUAAGAUCUUAUUGAGAAACUUUGCCCUUGACAUCUGUAAGGCUCAAAACAACUGGACUAUGGAAAACUUUAUUGAUACUGAAAUUUCUAGAAUUAGAAAGUUGGUUGGUCCAACUGCUGAAGUUAUCGGUGCCGUUUCUGGUGGUGUUGACUCCACCGUUGGUGCCAAGAUCAUGAAGGAAGCUAUUGGUUCUCGUUUCCACGCCAUUUACGUUGACAAUGGUGUUAUGAGAUUAAACGAAACUGAAAACGUUUACAAGACCUUGACUGAAGGUUUAGGUAUCAACUUGACCGUUGUUGACGCCGCCGACCUCUUCUUGGGUAGAUUGAAGGGUGUCACUGACCCAGAAAAGAAGAGAAAGAUCAUUGGUAACACUUUUAUCAAUGUUUUCGAAGAAGAAGCUGCCAAGAUUAAGCCAGCUUCUGGUCAAGAAAUUGAAUUCUUGUUGCAAGGUACUCUUUACCCAGAUGUUAUUGAAUCCAUCUCUUUCAAGGGUCCUUCCCAAACCAUCAAGACUCAUCACAACGUUGGUGGUUUGUUGGACAACAUGAAGUUGAAGUUGAUUGAACCAUUGAGAGAAUUGUUCAAGGAUGAAGUUCGUCACUUGGGUGAAUUAAUGGGUGUUCCUCAUGAUUUGGUUUGGAGACAUCCAUUCCCAGGUCCAGGUUUGGCCAUUAGAGUUUUGGGUGAAGUUACCCCAGCUCAAGUUAAGAUUGCUCGUGAAGCUGAUGCUAUUUUCAUUGGUGAAAUCAAGAAGGCUGGUUUGUACAAGGACAUUUCCCAAGCCUUUGCUGCUCUUUUGCCAGUUAAGUCUGUUGGUGUUAUGGGUGACCAAAGAACUUAUGAACAAGUCAUUGCCUUGAGAGCCAUCACUACUGUCGAUUUCAUGACUGCUGAUUGGUUCGAAUUCGACUACUCUUUCUUGAAGAGAGUUGCUUCCAGAAUUGUUAACGAAGUCGAUGGUGUUGCUCGUGUUACUUACGAUAUUACUUCUAAGCCACCUGCCACUGUUGAAUGGGAAUAGAUUAGUUUUUAUUCCUUUUUUAAAUAUAUUAUACGUUUAUUAAAAAAGAGAUAUUACUAGAAAGAGUUAAAGAUUAAAAAUAUAAAGGAUACAAAAAGUUUAGUAAAAAAAAAAAGCAAAACCAAUU